AUGGACGAAGACGGCUACAAUGAUAGCAACCGCGCCUUUUUGCAGGCCUUCAUGGCCCGUUCCACCAUGACGUUUGACGAGGCCAAACCCGUGCUCGCUGCCAUUUUCUCAGCCCACGAAGGACGAGAGGUCCUCCAAGAAGACAUCUCCCAGGCCGACCUCAACUCGUACGUCGCCGCCGCCAACUCGGCCAUAUCACCGUUCGAUCUCGAAAUCCGCAGCGUCAAACGACAGGUCACCCUCAACAGCGACGGCCAGGGCGCGAGCCCCUUUGUCUACGCGCUGGUCAACACGACGAGCGACCCCCUGACGCAGCUCGCCACGACCUACACCCCCGACGAAAUCGCGUUUGUCAAGCGCCUGCUGGAUGCCAUGUUUGAGACAUACAACACGCGCCGCUGCGAAGCUCUGGUGGUUUCGAGCAUGCAGGCGUUGCAGCUAGCCAAGGUUCCUGCAGAUGCCAACCGUCGCGAGUCGGCGGCUGUGCAGGCCAACGGUAACACCACUACUCAGGGCGGUGCCGCGCAGUCGCUCAGCAUGACCCAGGCAGAAACAAUGAUGUCUAGCUUGGUUGACGAGGGAUGGCUGGAGAAGAGCGCAAAGGGGUACUACAGUCUGAGUCCGCGCGGGCUCAUGGAAUUGCGUGGCUGGUUGGUGGAUACAUACAACGAUGAAGACGAGGAAGGGCAUCGAGCGCGACGAGUCAAGUUUUGCGCUGCGUGCAAGGAUAUUCUGACGGUGGGCCAACGAUGCGCGGACCGCGAUUGUCCUGGUCGUCUACACGACAUGUGCGUACGCAACUUUUUUCGACUGCAGCAGAGCGAGCGCUGCCCCGUCUGCAAGAUCGAGUGGCCUGGCGAUCGAUUUGUGGGCGAGCGAGCCAUCGCCAACACGCAGCAGACUGCGCAGGCAAGGCGGCGGACGAUGGACAUGGGCAAUAACGAGGGCAGUGGCGACGAGAGUUGA